AUGGCGACAAUGCAACGCGAGCGCCGCAAACCUUCACGAAUGAGUCUUUCUCGCGACGUUGCCCGCCUACCAAGGUCAUCCGAAGCAUUUCGAGAAAGGGCUCGACCUAGCCCGUUCGCCGGUAUGAACCAAACAGAGGCUCGUUUGGGAGGUAGAGUCAUGGUCAAGCCUCGAGAUGUUCCAAGGCCAGCUGUUGGCGCCCGAGGAGCACCUGAGAGUACGGAGAACCCGAGGAGAGCGAAGACCAAGGAUGAAAAGCCGCUAUUCCACGCGCUGAAGAUGCAAGCCACUCUCACGCCUCUGGCCUAUAGUCAGAGAAUGGCAGUCAAGGAGAAGCUGGCACUCAUCACCUCAUUCGAACAAUUUAAUCUAUUACCAGAUGUGCAAAACGCAGUCUAUACACAUGCUCUUGAAGGAAUGACCGAUGUUGUUCCUACUCCUGCACAAAAGCUAGCCAUUCCGGCCUUGCUAAGCAGAAAAGGUGAGCAUGAAAGGAGGAAGACAAAGGAUGGUGAUAGGCCACAGUAUAGUCAAUUCUUGAUCGCAGCCGAAACCGGUUCAGGGAAGACGCUGGCGUACCUUCUCCCCGUUGUUGAUGCAAUCAAGCGCCAGGAGAUCAUCGAAAAAGCUGAAGAAGAAGCAAGAAAAGCAGGAGAGGACAAAGAGAAGGCUGAAAACCAAAAGAAGAAUAUUUUCGCCCUAGACCCGCCAGAGCUGUCAAACCCGCCCCAUUCAACCAUGGCUCGUCCUCGAGCCAUCAUCCUCCUGCCCUCUUCCGAACUCGUAACACAAGUAGGCGGCGUCGUCAAAUUGCUCUCUCACACUAUCAAAUACCGCUCCGCGCCCAUUUCCGCAAUCCAUACACCCAAUCGCAUCCGCAACCGCCUUUACGACCCAAAAGGCAUCGACAUAAUUGUCUCGACCCCGCAUCUAAUCUCCAGCAUCGCAGAAAAAGACCCCAACAUCCUUAGCCGCGUCACCCACCUCGUCAUCGACGAAGCCGACUCCCUCCUUGACCGCUCCUUCGCGCCCACAACUUCCGCCAUCAUCGACCGCGUCGCCCCCUCCUUGAAGCAGCUGAUCCUCUGCUCAGCCACCAUCCCUCGGAGUCUCGACUCCUUCCUCGACAAGCGCUUCCCUACCAUCAAACGCCUCGUCACCCCCAAACUCCACUCCAUCUCGCGCCGCGUCCAACUCGGCGUGGUAGACAUAGAAAAAGACCCCUACCGCGGCAAUCGCAACCUAGCAUGCGCGGACGUCAUCUGGACCAUCGGCAAAGCCGUCCACGACGACACAGAAUCAACGCACACCGUGAAAAGUAUGCUCGUAUUCGUCAACGAACGCGAAAAAGCCGUAGAAGUGACGCAAUAUCUCGCCUCCAAAGGCAUCGACGCCGUAGCACUGACACGCGACACGACCGAGCAGCGCCAAGCGGAGGUCCUCUCCGCAUUCACUUCUGCAUCGAGAAUUGAAGGUGAGGAAAAGCCGUCAGCGACGGAUAGGUCGAAGAGGAAUUUCAGGGAUUUCAUUCCCUUCGAUCAGAAUUCCAUCAUUACCACAUUGUCGUCGCCGAACGCGGCGCCGAGCAGGCCGACGAGGCAUCUACCCAAUACAAAGGUGCUGGUUACGACGGAUCUGGGAUCGAGGGGUAUUGAUACCCUAGCUGUGAGGCAUGUUAUUCUCUAUGAUGUGCCGCAUACAACGAUUGAUUUCGUGCACCGGCUGGGGAGGAUGGGACGGAUGGGCAGGAGAGGGAGGGGUAUCGUGCUGACGGGGAAGCAUGAUCGGAAGGAUGUGGUGGCCGAGGUGAAGAACGCCAUGUUCAAGGGCCAAGCUUUGAUCUAG